AUGCCGAUCGUCGCUUUCGAUGCCACGCCCCGAGAGCCGAUGCCUGGUCGGCGUGAUCUCCUCCGCGGCACCCUCUCCGAGUUUGUCGCUAUGACGCUAUUCGUCUUCUUUGGCUGCGGGGCCGCUGCUUCGAACGCGCAUUUUAGCGACGGUGACUGGGACCCGGCAUCGGUCACCGUCAUCGCGCUCCAGUUCGGGCUCGCCAUCACCGUGCUGGUGUACGCGACUGCCCACACCUCUGGCGGUCACGUCAACGCGGCGGUCACUCUCGGGCUGACGGUCUCCGGCAAGUGCCACCCCAUCCGCGGCGCGGCCUACUUCAUCGCGCAAAUGCUCGGCUCCAUCGCCGGCGCAGCGAUACUCAAAGGCGCGACGCACGGCGACGCGGGAGGAGAGGACCUCGACCGGUCGGGCAGCCUCGGCUCGAACGGGCUGCAGAACGCGUCGGUCAACCACCACAACGCGGUCGCCUUUGAGUUUGUGGGCACUCUCGUCCCUCAUGCACGCGGCACCUUUCUCCUCAUGUACACCGUCCUCGAGACGGCGGUCAACGGGCAGUCGCUCUGCACCGACGGCGAGCCAUCUCCCCCCAGCCCUGUCUGCAUCCCGGUGACGGGCUGCUCGAUCAAUCCGACGCGCUCCUUCGGGCGCGGGCCGCCUGCCGUCGUCUCUAACACGUGGGACGACCACUGGGUCUGGUGGGUCGGACCAUGCGCCGGCUCGCUCGGCGCCACGAUGGUCUGGCUGGUGAUGAUGAGCCUCGAGGAGCCCGAGGUCGUCACGCGGCGCAAGACGCUCGCGGCCUCGCCGUCGGCGGGAAGCAUCGACGGCCGUUACACCGAGAAGGCGCCGCCCGGCACCCUGCCGGCAAACUAGGGGGGCAGGAACGGCCUAGCUGGUCGCGAAGGACACUAGACGGCGAGGGGUCGCGGUGGCGUCCAUCGCCAGGCUCCCUAGCAUGCUCAACCGACGACCCUCGUACCUCGGGAUCGACGGCCGAUCGUCCAUGCGAGGGGUGGUUGCCCGCACGCCGCCUUGCCCGCAAGCUAGACGCGAGCGAGUGUCGAGAGCUGUGGAGUGUGGGGAGCCACGGGGAUGGGGAGUUGACUUGAAAAGAUAUGUACCACCGA